AUGAUGGCACUGGAGGCAAUAUACGGGGACGAUCUCGCUGUACUAGAAAACAAAGGAGCGCUCCGCCAUUUUCAGAUUUACAUACGGUACGAAUUGCAAAAUGCCGCUGAAGUGUGCGCUAGGUUUUCUCCAGUCAAUAGAAUUGGAGAAGACAGAGGAUGUCCUGAUGAUUGUCUAGAACAACAUGAGGAGGAUAAAGGGGAUGACUUCUCCUAUUCUUGCAGCUUUGAGCACCUACCCCCUCUAAUAUUGACAUGCUUGCUCCCGCAGUCCUAUCCAAGCAAAGAGCCCCCAUAUUUUACAGUCACCGCUAAAUGGAUGGACGGGCCUAGUGUUUCUCAGCUCUGUGAGAUGCUUGACACCGUUUGGGCAGACCUGCCGGGGGAAGAAGUUGUGUACCGAUGGAUUGAGUGGAUACACACUUCUUCUUUGCCACACCUCGGGUUCGACAACAAAAUAACAUUAGGUCCAGAUAUUCCUAAGCACAAAGGAGAUAGCCGUGCAAUCUCUAGAAGUCUCUCAUUGGAGUCUGUGAUCCCUUUGAUGCUCAGUUACAAUAGUAGGAAGUGUCAUCAAGUUUUUCUUGAGGAUCUCCACAUGUGCAUGAUUUGCCUUAACCAGAGCAAAGGUUCAAACUUCAUCAAGCUUCCGUGCCAGCACUUGUUCUGUGUCAAGUGCAUGGAGACCUUAUGCAGGAUGCAUGUGAAGGAUGGUACUUUCUUUCAGUUGGUAUGCCCUGAUACUAAGUGCAAUGUUUCUAUUCCGCCGUAUUUGCUAAAGAGGCUUCUGGGAAAGGAAGAAUUUGAGCGUUGGGAUAAGCUUACUCUUGAGAAGGCAUUGGACUCAAUGUCAGACGUGGUCCAGUGUCCAAGGUGUGCAAUCAGUUGCUUGGAGGACGAGGAUAGCAAUGCGCAAUGCCCAAAAUGUUGUUUUGUUUUCUGUUCGGUGUGCAAGGACCCGCGCCAUCCAGGAAAGUUGUGUCUAACUCUGGAAGAAAAGCUCCAGCGGCAGCAGGCAUCAGGCAAGAUGGCCACACGGGGGAUGGUGGAGGACAUGAUUAGUGUAAAACUGCUUUACAACAAUGCUAGAUCAUGUCCGAAAUGUCAAAUGACCAUCAGCAAAACUGACGGAUGCAACAAAGUUGUGUGUAGCAGCUGUGAUCAGACAUUCUGCUUCCGCUGUGGCAAGGCUAUCAUCGCUGGCUAUGCCCAUUUCAGACUGGGGGUGCUGGAACAGUUAGAAACAAGAAAUCGCGUACGUACUGAAAAACAACCUGUAGGCAGUACCAUAAAAUGUCCAAAAUGCCGUCAAAAAAUUUAUAAGGAUGAUGAUAAAUAUAUUUUCUGCUGGUCGUGCCAAGCCAGCUAUUGCACACUGUGCAAGAAGCAGGUCCAGUUUGCUGGGGAACAAAGCGAGCACUGGGGCUCACAAGAUUGUGUGAAGAUAAAGUUCUAGUGUCAUAUCCCUACUCCCACUGUUACAUUCUUUCAGAUUAGGUUGCAGUAUUGCAGGUUAGGGCUUUCACAUUUGAUGUAUGUUUUAUUGGGACACUUUUCUUCU